UUUUCCUGCCUAAGGAAGUUCUGUUCGACGCUUGUUCCCUGCCAAUCGUGUAUUGGCACUUUAAUUAAAAUGGAAAAAUAUUUAUUAUUUUUGUGUUUAACGGCGUGUGUUUACUCGGCGACCGGUAAUAAAGCACCAUUCAUAACAAAAUGCAAUGGGGAAGAUUCGAAAUGCAUAACAGCCGCAGCGCAAACCGCUAUCCCAAUUCUGGCAGCAGGUAUAGCAGAACUUGGCGUUGAAACAAUGGACCCAUUGAAUAUUGCGAGCGUUAAUGCCAGCUCAUCUAAUUUACAACUUCUAGUUAAAGAUGUGGUGGUCACAGGCACCAAGAACUGCCAGGCAGCAAAAGUAGAACGGGAUGUCAAAAAUUCCAAAUUGUUCGUCAAUCUUCUAUGCGAUGCCACUAUGAAGGGACAGUACGAUAUGAAAGGAAAACUCCUGUUCUUACCCAUUGAAGGAAAGGGAGAUAUGCGAGUUAUACUUAGAAAAAUCCUUAUCCAUGCAGAAGUAGAUCUCGAGGAGAAAGUUGGAAAGGACUCUAAGAAUCACUGGAACAUCAAAAAAUGGAAACAUGAAUUUGAACUGAAGGACAAGAGUGAAGUCGAAUUUGACAACCUUUUCAAUGGCAAUGAACUACUAGCUAAAACAGUCAAAGAUUUAAUCGCCGAGAAUGGAAACGAAAUUAUCCUUGACAUAGGACCUGAAAUUAUUAAGGCAGUCGUCGCUAAGGUUGCUAAGAACUGCAACCAUUUCUUCCGCGCUGUACCUUUGGAAGAACUCGUACUGAGCUAGACAUAUCUCAUUUAUUGUUAAUUUCUAAUAUAUGUUAAGUUAUAAAUAAGAAUAAUGAUUU